AUGACUAACCAUGCACUUUUAAUCUAUUUGUGUAGCAAAUUCAGUUCAAACCUUCUGUUUUCCUCGCAGCUUGCGCUUACAUCAUCAUCGCUGCUGGAGAAGGGGAUUUGCAAAUGGAGGCUGCUGAAAUGUCCAUAUUUUGAUCAACAAAAGGUACUUUCAGCCAUGUCUGAAUCUCUGUAUGAGAAGUUUUUGGCCCCGGAGGAGCCUUUCCCUCUCCUCUCCCAGAGGGCUAACCUCAGUGAUGUGGGAAACCUGGAUGUCAGUGACUUCAGCUGCCAGCUCUCAUCAUGUCACAGAACAGAUCCUCUCCACCGUUUUCACAGUAACAGGUGGAACCUUACUUCCUGUGGGACCAGUGUUGCCAGCUCAGAGUGCAGUGAGGAGCUUUUCUCCUCCGUGUCAGUGGGAGAUCAGGACGACUGUUACUCCCUGCUGGAUGACCAAGAACUAACGUCUCUGGACCUGUUCCCUGAAGGCAGCGUCUGCAGUGAUGUCUCCUCCUCCAUCAGCACUUACUGGGACUGGUCAGACAGCGAGUUCGAGUGGCAGUUGCCAGGAAGUGACAUCGCCAGUGGCAGUGACGUUCUGUCAGACAUUAUCCCAAGUGUUCCAAGUUCACCCUGUCUGUUUUCCAAGAGGAAGCCGAAGACCCACCUGCAUCGAAACUUGGAUGAGCUGCCAUGGAGCGCCAUGACCAAUGAUGAGCAGGUUGAGUACAUCGAGUACCUGAGUCGGAAGGUCAGCACAGAGAUGGGCCUGAGAGAGCAGCUGGACAUAAUCAAGAUUAUCGACCCCAAUGCGCAGAUCUCUCCCACCGACAGUGAGUUCAUCAUAGAGCUCAACUGUCUGACCGACGAGAAACUCAAGCAGGUGCGAAAUUACAUCAGAGAGCACAACCCAAGACAGAGGACUGGCAGCACAAGAGAGGGCUGGAAAAGAAGCAGUCACAGCAGUGCCAGCACGGGUGGAGUGAGUGGAGCCAGCAGCAGUAAUGCCAGCAUGGUCAGCUCUGCAAGCUCCUCCACCAGCUCUACGGCCUCCAACUCUGUAGCAGGUGGAACAGCAUCGGCCUGCAGUGGAAGUAGCGUCGCCAACAUAAGCAGAGCUCACAGCGAUGGCAACCUUCCCAGCGCAGCAGAACGCAUUCGAGACUCCAAAAAACGUUCAAAGCAGCGAAAGCUUCAACAGAAAGCCCUUCGUAAGCGGCAGCUCAAAGAGCAACGACAGGCCCGUAAAGAGCGUCUGAGUGGACUGUUUCUUAAUGAGGAGGUGCUCUCGCUCCGAGUCACAGAGGAGGAUGACCACGGUGAUGACCUGGACAUACUGAUGUGACACCAGUGAAUAAAUCAGUGCUCCCUCUACGCCUGCUCUCCCACCACGCAGCCACUGCUAUCAAGGUUAUAGACCAUGUUAGUGCAAAUCAAUUCAUCCAAUAGCUUCGCUCACAUCCUUCUAGUAUAUUUUGAUGAUCUGCAGUUACAGGAAGUAAUCCUUAACAUCUGUUGGCCAGUUACUCACUUAUUCUUCGGUGGUAACUGAAGACAGCAGUGUAGCAAACACCUUUAAGGUACAAUAAUACUACAUUUCUUUGCAUGCUAUAAUCAGAUAGCUAUCUCAUGCUAGUCAGCUGUCUGAUUGCUUUAACGUUUAAAAUUUUGCAGACACAAAAAUUUCUGCAGUAUGUUUAAUCUUCCUCAGUUUAACACAGUUAUACUUGUAGAUGCUCUGACUACUGUAGCACCCAUAGCUGAAGGACAGAUCAGGGAAGACCUGCAGAGCUUUGUGUACGUGGUGAUGGUAGAAAGUGUAUUUCUCCUUCAUGAAGGGGGGUCUGUGUCCAAAUUGGCAGCAUUUCAGCUAAUUUUGGUCAAACUGGUCACACUCUAGACAAUUUAAACAAAUUAGAAUCUAUCUUUAAAAAAAUGGGAGACUGCAGACAUAAGGACAGUUACACACAAGAUUAUUCAGCACAGUGAGGAUUCCCCACACCUCAGAUCUCACCUGACCAAACAGGACUCCAGAAGAAAAACAAACAUGGAGGACCUCUGAAUUCCUCUGCUGGCUGUCCUGGCCAUCCAUCCAUCCAUUUUCUAUACCGCUUAUUCCGUUCC